AACACUGCGUUAAUACUAGUUGUAAACUUGUAAUUGUAAAUGCGUUAAUCUCCCGGCUCUUGCGAUUUGAAGAAAAGCUACCACCGUAGGAGAGAAUCGAGAUUCUUAAAACUAGACGGAGGGAAGAGGCAAGGCUGCUAGGGCCCGUCGAUCCAUAUUUCCGAUUCCCCAUCUCGGAUUCAACGAUUCUUCUGAAAGCCCUUGUGGAUUUAGGACCGGCACGGAAUGGCUCUUAGGAGGUUACUCAGCACUUCGUCUCCGGCCUCCCUUCUUCGGCCCUUGUCUAAUGGCUCCUCUCUUCGCUACACGUCUUCACUGCCCAAUCAAGCGCUUCAGGAAAAAGAGGACCCACGUGUUACGUGGACAAAGAAGUUGAAUGCCCCUCUUGAACAAGUUGAUCCAGAGGUCGCUGACAUAAUCGAGCUCGAAAAAGCUCGCCAGUGGAAGGGACUGGAGCUCAUACCAUCGGAGAAUUUUACAUCUCUUUCUGUUAUGCAAGCAGUUGGAUCAGUGAUGACAAACAAAUACAGUGAAGGAUACCCUGGUGCCAGAUACUAUGGAGGAAAUGAGUAUAUUGAUAUGGCAGAGAGAUUGUGUCAGAAACGUGCUUUAGAAACUUUCAAAUUGGAUCCUGAGAAAUGGGGAGUCAAUGUUCAGUCUCUCUCAGGAUCCCCUGCAAACUUUCAAGUUUAUACUGCUCUACUGAAACCACAUGAGAGAAUCAUGGCUCUUGAUCUUCCUCAUGGUGGUCAUCUUUCUCAUGGUUAUCAGACUGACACCAAGAAGAUUUCUGCUGUCUCUAUCUUCUUUGAGACAAUGCCUUACCGAUUGGAUGAGAGCACAGGAUACAUUGACUAUGAUCAGCUGGAGAAAAGUGCAACGCUGUUUAGACCAAAAUUAAUAGUUGCUGGUGCUAGUGCUUAUUCCCGGUUAUAUGAUUAUGCACACAUUCGUAAGGUAUGCGACAAGCAAAAUGCAGUAAUGUUGGCAGACAUGGCACACAUUAGUGGCUUGGUUGCUGCAGGGGUUAUUCCAUCUCCCUUUGAAUAUGCAGAUGUUGUUACAACCACUACACACAAGUCACUUCGUGGGCCUCGUGGGGCAAUGAUCUUCUUCAGGAAGGGGAUCAAGGAGAUUAACAAACAUGGAAAAGAAGUUAUGUAUGACUUUGAAGACAAAAUUAAUCAAGCUGUGUUUCCUGGACUUCAAGGUGGUCCACACAAUCACACAAUUACAGCCUUAGCGGUUGCUCUCAAACAAGCUAUGGCACCUGAAUACAAAGCUUAUCAGGAGCAAGUUCUCCGUAAUUGCUCUAAGUUUGCUGAGAGUUUGUUAGAUAGAGGGUAUGAUCUUGUAUCUGGCGGGACUGACAAUCAUUUGGUCUUGGUAAACUUAAAAAAUAAGGGGAUUGAUGGCUCCCGAGCGGAAAAGGUUUUAGAAUCGGUGCACAUAGCCGCUAAUAAGAACACAGUUCCUGGUGAUGUGUCUGCCAUGGUGCCUGGUGGGAUUCGUAUGGGCACUCCGGCUCUCACAUCUAGAGGAUUUGUCGAGGAGGAUUUUGUUAAAGUGGCCGAGUUCUUUGAUGCUUCUGUUAAGUUGGCACUCGAGAUAAAGGCAAAGACAGAAGGAACAAAGCUGAAGGACUUUGUGGCAACUAUGAACUCAAAUUCUGGUGUUCAAUCUGAGAUAGAAAAGCUCCGGUCUGAGGUUGAAGAGUACGCAAAACAGUUUGCCACUAUUGGUUUUGAGAAGGAAACAAUGAAAUACAAGCAUUGACUGAACCCACCAGAGCCAAGGAUCUGAAGUCUAAUACACAUGGCGAGAUUUGAGUCCCGAAGAACAACAUAUCACAAUGUAUAGAACCUUUAAUAGCAUUACAAUUUGUUUCACGUUGACCGUGUAAGAUUGAUGCGAUGCAUUUUCAUGUUUAAUAAGUGGAAACAACUCUUAUUUGAUACUGUUAAUUUGGAUCCGAAAGUAUGAAUCAUGUAAUAAUAUCAAUUCUGAUGGCAAAUUCACCAUCAUCUCCGAUGGAGCCAAAAUUUCACCAUUUUUUGGCUUUGGAGUGUGAUUGAAUAAAUCAAAAUGGAUCUCUAAACUGUCUGCGCUUCUUUAAUUAAUGAAGUAGUAGUUA